CACAAACAGGUAGCCGGACUAGAGAGAGGUGGUGCUAUUGCGCACAGGGCGCUAAACCUUACGCAAACUACAAUAUAACUGCAUGCAUAUUCUUCUCUGCCAGUUGUUAUGGAUAAAUGUGGAGGGAGAGGUGAGCGCCGAGGAUCUUUUCGACUUUAACACGUCUGCAGUAUCUUUAAUGAUGCUCUGCUGAAGUCUGUGCGCGCUGCGACGGAUACAUUUUUUGGAGUCGCCAGCAGUGCGCUUCAGCUUGACACAAGACACACGACCUGGAGGACUGAUCGCACCGUUUUCUUAAAGUUUGCUGGCUUUUUUUUAUUUUUAUCUUUUUUGCAUGCUUCUUCUUUUUUUUUCUUACAGUGGGACUUUUUCUUGUGCAUUUGGAGCUAUUUACAUUGUGUUUUGGGUUUUCUCUAAUAUGGAGGAGAGCAUGCGUAUCGGGCAGAUGUGUUUUCGCUCCGUGGAAGUUUAACCCCGCGCCCCCACUACUCCCAAACUCUCAUCUCCGUAUUUGAAUUACUAUACUUGAACUGAACACUGCAGGAGGUUUAAAACGACAGUAGGAAAUGACCAGCGAGCGGAAACCACGGCUGUGUCUCAUGGCUAAAGGGGAGAACGGGUAUGGAUUUCACUUGCAUGGCGAGAAAGGGAAGAGCGGACAAUUCAUCCGCAAAGUGGAGCCCGGCUCCCCUGCAGAAGCUGCGGGGUUGCGCGCCGGGGACCGUGUGGUUGCAGUCAAUGGUGUUAACGUGGAGAAAGAGACACACCACCAGGUAGUACAGCGGAUCAAAGCCGUGGAGAAUGAGACCAGGUUGCUGGUGGUGGACCAUGAGACGCAUGAAAGUCUGCGCAGCCUGCGCCUCACAGCCACAGAGGAGAUGGCCGUCUUCAGUGCCAGUCCUCCUUCCUCCUCCUGUCCACCAGGCUCCCCUUCUCCUCCCCCGUCCUCGGUCCCAUCCUCCCCCAGCAAGAAGCGGGAGAACGGCUCGGUGUCAAAGCAGCCAGUUACGCUGAGCAGCCAGGUACAGAAGCCCACCAGGAGGUCCCCGUCAAAGGCUGCAAAGAAGGAGGCUCUUGCCCAGGCUGAAGCCCAAACCCAGGCCCAGUCCCAGUUACGGCCCCGCGUAGACCCGUCCGAGCUCGUUCCACGUCUGUGCCACCUGGUGCGAUCAGACAUGGGCUACGGCUUCAAUCUCCACAGUGAUAGAUCCCGACCCGGACAGUACAUCCGCUCCUUAGACCCAGGAUCACCCGCAGAUCAUGCUGGGCUGCGGCCACAAGACAGGCUGGUUGAGGUAAAUGGCGUGAACAUUGAGGGCAUGCGGCAUGCAGAGGUGGUGGCCUUUAUAAAGAAAGGGGGAGACGAGACCUGGCUGUUGGUGGUGGACCCAGACACAGAUGAGCACUUCAAGAGGAGGGGGAUUGUCCCCACAGUCAGCCAUCUCAGAGACUAUGAUGGUCCCUCCAUAUCCAACGGCUCCCCCAACCCUCAGAUCAACGGCAGCUCCACCACGCAAUCCUUCAGGUCCACACGCUCCGACCUCAGCAGCCAGGGCAACAGCACACAGCUGGCGGAUGAUGAGGGCGGGCGGCUGCUGGACCCGUUCGCUGAGAUGGGCCUGAGCGCUACGGCAGCAGAAGAGAAGAUGAAGGUCCAUGCCAAAGAAAAGAAGAAGGCGCCGCAGAUGGACUGGAUGAAGAAAUACGAGCUGUUCAGCAACUUCUGAGGCGACACUUCACACACCAAAGGACAGAGAUAUGAGUUCUCCGCGUGGACAAGUUUGUGUUGGGCGAGAACCUCCCUCUUAAUACGCAGGUCAUGUUUUUUUCUUAGAGAAAGAACCAAGAUCCCCCACACAGCAUAAUAUUUUGUUCCUGAACUCAAAUGUGACAAAAAAGGAAAAAGCUGUACAAUGGAUUUUACAUUUUAAGACACUUCAGAGACUCUUUAUCAGCUACUUUUCUGAGUGACUGCAAAAAAACUGUUUCCCAUACACGUGCUUCUUUCAGAUGGGAGUAUCGCAGGUUUCCACAUAUUUGCCUAAAUCUUUUUCUCUACUUUGAACAUCCCACUCCUUGACACACGUUUCAAACAAAUGUGGGAGACAGCUAUUUUUGUAUUUAAAAAAAGUAUAAACAGCUAUUAAAAAACAGUAUCCCCAAGGGUUUUACGGACACUGUGACAUUAAUGAUUGUGGACAUUGUGGGAGUUUUGGCCUAUCAGUCGGAGGAAGCCAAAGGUUGGCAGAAGAUCACUGUGAAAGAGUUGAGACCCUCCAUCUCUACCCCACGCAGAUCCUUGAUAAUAACCACAGACCAAGAGAAGGAUGGCUGCGUGUACUGGUUGUGUAUAAUGUAUCCUACAUGUAUUUGUACUUUUACAUAGAGUUAACGAACUGAUCAUCAGAUUAGCCCUGCUUUAUUCAAAAAGAGUUCAUGUUGCUUGUCAUUUAGCUCUCGACCAUAAUAAGUGUAUCACCACUAACUUUUUUUCCCCAAAGUGCUCCAGUGCACGUGUGCAUGAAAGAAGGGAAGCACCACUAACAUUACACGUAUUGAUACAGUGAAUAAUGGAAACUGGAACAACAAGAAAGGAAGAUUUAUCAGGGCAAAUGGCGUGAUGAAUGAGUUUAUCAUUGGUGAGGGCUUGAUGCGUACAGCAGAGGGCAAACUUACGCCACAAAUAGAGGCCCCUUAUGGCAGUAAACCCAAUAGAUGUUUAUCCAGGAUGUUAUGUGCGGGUUAUGUCGGAAUAUUUCUUACUUAGGAGCAGUGACUUCCUGCGGUCUCCACCGGUUGCCUGGCAACAGCUCAGGGCCAAGAAACAGUCCAGCACAGAAAACAGCAAAUUAUCUUUUUUUUUUUUGAUUAAGCAAACCAGAUAUAAGAUGUUAAUCAGUGAGCUUUAGAGGUUGCUGGAAGGUGGAUUAGUUACCUAUUAGACAGAGCCAGGCUAGAAGUUUCCCUCUGUUUCUGCUUUAAGCUAAGCUAACUGGCUGUUUGGGUAACUUUCCAUCAGAAAAAAAAAAGGGUAUUUUCCAAAAUGUCGUGCUAUCCCUUCAAUUAAAUAAGAAAGGAAAGGGAGUCAAAGGGCUCAGAAGUGCAGCUAGCACGUUUGAGGCUGUGGUCGGAGUGAAGGGACAUGCUCGGCCACAUCAGGAGCAGAGUGUUAGCAGGUUGCGGGGCGGAGGGAGUGCAGGAGGAGCACUCAGUGAGGUCAGAGAUGCUCUGGAGGAUCUAGUGAAAGAGACUGUGGGAGCCAUGGAGCUUACUGAGGAUUAUUACACACACAGAGACAGCUGUCGCACAUACGCUACACACAUUUGGAGCACAAUGUGUAUGUGUGUGUGUGUGUGUGUGUGUGUGUGUGUGCAGAGAAGGUAUACAAUGCCGUAGUCCAUCAUAUGCCUCCAGCGUGUUAAUGUAAUGCAUUGCAAUAAGAGGGACUGCAAGUUGAAGAAAUGUCAGUCACAUAUGUCAUCUUGUCUUCUUCGUACCCAUUCACACCCUUACAUGUACUUCACACACUAACAGAAGUGUCUUGAUUCAUCUUUGACAGUCAGUCUGUGUGUUCUGGCAGUCUGUUACCAUGGCUGAUGUAUACGGUAAAAAGCAUACAGUAUAUAUGGCAGGUUGCAUUUUUUUCAAUAAAGUGUGACAAUGGCGUUGUCAUCGUCUCUCAUGCCCUCUC